UGAUUGCAUAUUAUGGCUAAAUGGCUUAUUGGUGUUCGACUAAAUAUUAUAUAGAGUGUUAACCCUCACCAUUUAGUGUGAAACUGUCUUUUAUAUGGUAUUAGAUUGAGGACCAAAAACUCUGAUUAUAAACGAUAUUAGCUAAUGUUUAAAAUAAACGAUCGACAUAAUUGAAUUAAAUUUAAAUGUUAUUAAUUUGGCCACACACACAACUCGUUUCUGACACCAUGGAUUUAUUUGAGACAUGGGAAGAUCAAGAAAUCCAAUUUGAUUUAAGUAUUAGCAAAGCGUUGAAAAUGAGAAAUGGAGAAAAAAUAAUAGACCGUCUAGAAUUUAUCGAAGAUACAAAAGGAAAUAGUGGUGAUAAAGGUGUACUUGUUAUUACAAAUUUGAGAGCAAUCUGGCAUUCAAUGACUAUAGCAAGAAUAAGCUUAUCUAUUGGCUACAAUUGUAUACAGGAUAUUUCUACGAGAAUUGUAAACUCGAGAUUAAAAGGAAUAACAGAAGCAAUUUAUAUUCAAGCUAAAUACAAUGGACUGAGGUACGAAUUUGUUUUCACAAAUUUAAUACCUGGUAAUACAAGACAUUUCACAUCAUUUAUUGGAGUUUUCAAAGCUUAUAAUUCUAGUAGACUUUAUCGAGAAUUAAAACUUAGGGGAGCAAUAUUGAAGAACGGACGUUUAAGGCUAUUGAUGUUCGAAAAAAUGUAUUCAGCUGUUAAUGGCGUAUGGAAUUUAUCUAGUGAACAAGGAAACUUGGGAACAUUCAUGAUAACAAAUAUUCGAUUGGUAUGGUAUGCUGAAAGUAAUGAGACAUUCAAUAUAUCGCUCCCAUACAUUCAUAUUAACUCAAUAAAAAUUAGGGAAUCCAAAUUUGGUGAAGUGUUGGUGAUAGAAACAAAUGGUUACAGUGGAGGCUUUACACUUGGAUUUCGAAUAGAUCCCAAGGACCGAUUACGAUCAGUUACUAAAGAACUAUCAUCAUUGUUUCGUAUUCAUUCUCAAACGCCAGAAUUUGGAGUACAUUUUGUUACUACUGAACAGGUAGAUAAUAAUGAGCCCAUAACACUACCAACACUCCCCAACUAUGAUGAGUUUGAAGACGAGAAUACAAUAGGUGUUUCAAAUACUUUAGCUGCAUAUAGUGUAAGUAAGACAGGUAAAGAAGAUGGACUACCACAGUAUGAUUCUUCAAUAGGUUUAGCUAUUGAAACAUUGCCAGAUGGUUAUACAAUGGCAUCUUUGUGGGAAGUUAUACCAAGUACCAAUAAUAAAUAACACAAAUCUAUUAAAAAU